CUGUCAGCUCAGCGUCGGAAAGGAGCGCUGCGAAAAUGCUUGUUGUAGUGAAAACGUUAACUGGAACGUCAAUAAAUAUCGAAGGGGAGCCAUCUGAUACAAUUGAGAAUUUAAAAGCUAAAAUCCAGGACAAAGAGGGAAUUCCUCCAGAUCAACAGCGGAUUAUUUUUGAACAAAAUCAGCUGGAGGACAAUUGGACUCUCAGGGAUUAUGGAAUUCAACACAGUUUCACCCUAUGGUUAGUUUUAAGGCUUAGAGGGGGAGAACAACGUGAACAAGAUGUUGAAGAAAAUGUUGAUGAAAGUAUUGAAAUUCAUGACUAUUCUGAGGAAGACAGUGAGGAAGAUGCGGAAGACAGUGAGGAAGAUGAUGGCACAGGAAGUAAGAACCCCAAAACCAAAGUAUGGAAAACCUAGUUUUCUUGUAAAUCCUUUCAAAAACACUCAGAUCAACAUGUCAGUGGCCCAAGCGCCCAGUGACUUCUGAGCAAACUGGGAAGUCCCCCCCCUCCCCCCAGUCAUAUCAGAGAGAUUCUCUGCAAGAUCCACUGAAGCUUGCUCAGCUGUGAUGGGAGGAAAGCUUUCAAAGCCAGAGAGCUGAGAGAAUGUUUUCUACUCACCCCACGGAACUGAAAAUGAUGAUGCAUUAAUGCCCCAUUUCAACAGAUUUGGUCUUUGCGAUUUAUUACGAUCAGUAGUUUUUAUAAAUCAGCUGUUGCUCUGCCACAACUGGUUCAGCCAGGCAGAUGACACACAUAUGAAGAGCCAGAUGGACACUACUUCAAUUAAUGACAUCAUGUUCAGUCAGUAAAUGAUUCAGCAAAAUGGAAA